CCGCACACGCUCAGUCGUUCAUGGCUAUCGGCUACGCACCUGUAACUAAACUUUGUGCAAAUAAAGCAAUAGUGGUGUUUUGUGUUAUAGGAAACCAGUGGACUUUGCAUGUGUAAAACCAUCGGAAUAUCGUGAGUUUUAACGAAAAUAGCAAACUAAAAUAACCCAGUUCCGGAUUGUUAGCAUGACUAACUCGCGUUUGUUUUGCUAGCCAGCUAGCUAAACGACACUGUGCAACGCUGUUUAUAAUGGCCUGUUAUUUAACUUAAGUCCAGUAAACCGUGUUUCUCUGCGUUUUUUAUUUAAAUUUAAAAUUUCGCGACUUUGCCCAAAGAUCUGUUAAAUUGCUGAGUCUAGCGAUUAAAAAAAGCAUGAUACCUCUACCGCAAGAUACAUACCACAUUUGCUAAUCGUUGCUAACAACUAAAUCGUGCCUUUGAUUCGUUCAGUAAUGUGACAGCAGUCCUGUAGAACAGAGAAUGGACAGAGACCUGUUGAGGCAGUGUCUCACGUAUCAUGGGGCAUCGCUGUUCAAUAAACUGAAAUGUGAACAAACAGAAAACCCAGACUUCCAGGCUGUGGUGUCUGACUUGUGCAAAGCAUCGAGUGAAGGCAGGGGUGAAGAGCAGGGCAGCCCCCUUGUGGAGCAAUUUAUUGCCAGGAAGGCUGACAUCCUGUUUUGUCCAGCAUGGAAGACCGCCACUCAUCAAGGAGAGGACCAUGAGGAGGAGGAUGAGGAGGCUGCAGAGCCCUAUGCCGUCAUGCCGCCAGUGGAGUUGUUCAUGGAGUUGUCGUAUGAGGAGAGAAGAUCCAUGCUGUACAGGGACUUGGAGAGGGGAGACAUUGUAGUGGGGAGGAUCAACAACAUAAGAGAAUAUGGCUUCUUUCUCACUCUGCUGUGCAUGGCAGGAGGGCUGAAGAGGGACAUAGAAGACCUCGAGUUGUCGGCUCUGUGUCACAUCAGAGAAAUCCCCUCCACUGGUAACCACGAUGAUCCUCUGUCCUACUACCAGAUUGGGGACUUCAUCAGAGCCGGAGUGAAAGACAUUGACCGCUACCAGGAGAAAAUCACAGUGUCCCUGCACCAGGCCUCCCUUUCUCCCAGCUUGCAGCACAUCAAACUGGGAGUCAUUACCCGGGAGGAGCUGCCCGUACACUACAGUCGUAGCGUUCGUGUAGCUAGUGACUCCAGCGAGACGUAUGAGUGUAUACUGAGGAGCUGCCAUGGCUACCACAACCCCUCUGUAGUAGACUACCUGCUGGAGAAGGUGCAGAUUAGCGACACCCACCCACCAUCAAUGAUGAGAGGACUCCAGAGUAAACUUUUUCUAGAGGAGGAUUUUGCCUCUGCAAUCAGGAAGAAACAGUCUGCAUCCUGGGCCUUGAAGUGUGUGCGUGCAGGCGUAGACCACUUCAAACACGGGCGUCAUGUGGAAGCCAUGAAUGAAUACAACAAAGCCUUGGAGAUUGACAGUAAUAAUGUAGAAGCACUGGUGGCACGGGGAGCUCUAUAUGCUAACAAAGGCAGCAUCGUGAAGGCUAUAACAGACUUUGAACUGGCUCUGGAGAGCUGUCCAGAUCACCGCAACGCCAGGAAGUACCUCUGUCAGACACUGGUGGAGAGAGGAAAACAACUUGAAGAACAGGAGAAACUAGUAACAGCGGAGGGACUGUACAGGAGAGCUUUGUCUCUGGAUGACUCAAACCCUGAGGCACAAGAUGCCCUGCACAAGAUCACAGACACUAUACAGAAAUCAAUUCGCCUGCGAGAAGAAGCGCUGGCUAAAGAGCAGGUGAAAGCUACGAGCAGCCAGACCAGCGCUGACAAAUUGCGUAAGAUCUUAAAAGAGGAGAAGAGGAUGAAGAAAAAACGGAAGAGAUCGGCCUCUUCCUCGUCAUCCUCAUCCUCUUCUUCUAGAAACUCUUCUGCUUCUUCAUCGUCCUCCUCUCGUAGGAGGUCCAAAAAGAAGAAAAAGAAGCGCAGGAAGUCUGAGCGUGGAAGUAAACGCCAUCGCAGGAUCUCCUCAAGGGACAGCAGGAAGAGUGAGGAGGGUAAGAGGGAGAAAGACCGGAAGGAGAACGAUGAGGACGAGGUGGAGUGGUAUCCCGCACCUCCCAACACCUCUGCCACCUUUCUCAACCAGAAGGGAGGCCCAGUUUUUGGAAAGGGGGGUGAGGAUGAGGUAGAGGAGAAGGAUGCUGAAGAAAGAAGGAUCUGUCAGCUUUAUUCUUUGUCUGCAGCCUCAGAGAACGAUGAGUCUGACUCCUCACGUAGUGAAAGAAAGAGAAGAGACAGAGACGAGAGCAGGGCAAGGAGAAGGAAAAACAGUCUGAGCAGAAGCCCGGAAAGAGAGGAGACGAGGAGCAGGAGUCGAGAAAGGAGGGAAAAGAACAGGGAAAGAGGGCAGGAAGAUAACAGGAGAAGCAGUGACUCUAAGGGGAGGAGGAGUAGCUUAGACGAGAACAGAAAGCGAAAAGUAUCCUGCUCGUCCGUUGACUCCGAGUAUUCACGGAAGUCUAGUUUCCGAUCCGAAUAUUCAGGAAACUCUUCUUCUGCUUCCAAACACCCGGAGAACAGGGUGAGACACGACUCAUCAAAGAGGAACUCCUUCAGCGGUGGUAGGUAUGAGAACAGAGGGAGGGAGGACAUUUGCGAGGUAGAAGACGUGAGAAGAGAGAAGGAAAGUAGAAAGGGGAGAGUGGAGGAAGACAACAGCAGGUCAGAUGGAGGACUCCGUAAAAGAUCAGGAAGUGCUGCGAAUCAUAACGAACCGAGUGGUGUGACCUCAGUGCCAGGGGAAAGGCCUAAAAAAGACCUUCCUUCUAACCUGCUAGAUAUUUUCAAUCAGAUUGCCCAGUUUGAGAAGGAGAAAGGAGUCGGGCCAAAAAAAUAACUCCAAAACAAAAGCCCAGAAAAUACCAAAUACAAGUGUCAUGGAAAAGAGGCUUUGAAAUAGACGUUUGUGCCAUUGAUUCCUUUUCUGGACUGUGCAUCGAGAUUAUACACCUGAGAAACAGCCAAAUGUGUUACCGGACGAAAGUUGUUGUAAGUUACCCUAAGUGUUGAAGAAAACGAGUCAUUUUACUUUGAAAUGUCUAAUUCUUUAUGGUAGGUUUUAAGGCCUGUAGUCAGCUGGAAUGCUUGCUGGGUAAUAGCUGGUCGAAAUGUAAUAACACAUUCAUCUGAAAGGACUGAAACUGUAAAACUCCUGUAAAACAUCAGAUUACUGUGGUUACUGUUGGUGAUAAGUGUAAUUAAUUUCUUCAUCUUAUAUCUUAUUAAAAAAACAACUAUGAAAUAAUAUUUGAAUAUGAAAUUAUCAAUGACUAUAGAUGUUACAUCUUCAGUCAAUAUUAUUACAUUAGCUCUGGAAAUUUCCCACUUUAAAUUGUACAUUUUGACAAGUUAUUACAUUAUUUGACAGUUUAGUGUCACAUGCUACAGGCUUUGAUAUGUUUUUUGUUCAUCUUACAGUGAGACGUUUUCUGUUAAGAGGACGCUGCCUUAUGUUUACUGCCUUGUCCCAGUUUGUGCAUUCUUUCUGUGGCUUGUUAAAUCUCUUCCCUGACAACCUGACUGUUAGCUCCAUGGUACUUUUUCCAGCUUUAUACGACACAGAUGUUUCAGUCGUAUUCCAGCAAAUUUUCUCUUGUCACAAAAUGAACUCAGCUAAACCAAUAAAGCAUUUAAAAUGU